AUGCCGAAAACUUCUGUUCAAAAUCCAAUAAGGCUUUCUGAAAAUGAAAAUACUCGUUCAAUAUUCCUAUCUAUAUCACAGCCGCAGCGGCCAUCUAACAUUUCAUCCUUUCCAAGAUUGGUGCAUAACGCCACCACAAGGUUGGAACUAUCCGAUUUCCAGGUACUGAAUCCUUCUUUCAAAAGACAGAACUCAAACUCAGUUAACGAUGAUAUAAAUUGCAGUAAGAGGCGAAUAAGCAGAUCAAAAUUUUCUAAUAGCGAAGACAGAAAUGAUGACAGUACCCAAUCAGAAAAAACAACAACCAAUCAUUCAAGAUCAAAUAAAUCCUUCAAAUUUAUGGGUAGACAAAAACUAUCUAUGCAAGAAGAAAAUUUGGUUGAAGUUACACAGUCCUCUGCUUUGUUAUCUAAACCCCUCAACAAGCAGUCAAAGAACACUACAUAUGAAAAACGUGGCUCGCAAAAUGUGGUAAAGCCAAAAAACAUUUCAAAAAGCUCGUUUGCUUUUGUCGAUGGAGAAUCAGAUGGACAGUCCAAUAAUGGAAUUGUCAGUAAUUUUCAGCGUGAAUCUAGUAAUAGUGAAAAUGUUUGUGAUGAGUAUAAAGGUGAAAAAAACGACGACAACAACGAAAACAGAAACGACGACAACGACGACAGCAACAAUGGUAACCACGAUAAUAACAUUAAUAAUAAUGAUGAUGAAAAUGAACGGGACGAAAAUGAUGCUUGCAAACCCGCAAAUAAUAAAAGAUCAGGCAUUGCUUUGAUACAAAAAUUACAAGAACUAUACAGAGUAAUAGUUAAGCAAGAAAUUGAGUUGCAAGAACGGUGCUCACAGCUUACAAAUUCUCAAACAACUGAAUUGAAAAGUCUAUGGACUAUCUAUAAAAUCAACACAGAACUGGUUAAUAAUUAUGUCACUUUUAUCACAACCGCUUUAUUGCCAUCUCAACCACCUCAUGAUUUGGUAAUUGGCCAAGAAAUUGUCGAAAUAUAUAGAAUCGAAAGGAGGCUAUGGGUUUAUGGUACGAUAACAUUUCUAGACGUUCUCAAAAAUUUUUCCAACUUCAUGGACCCUGAAGUCUGUUGUCAAUUUAUCACUCACGUCUUUAUAUCGUUAUCCACCAUGAUUUCUGAUAUACCCUCCAAAUAUUCAAUAACUUGGUUACAAAGAUUAGGUGACUUAUCAAGAAUGGCUAUAGCACUUUACCCCUCAAGUUUCAUCGAUUGGAAACUAAGUGCCGAGCACUGGUAUACUGAAGCGAUGAAAUACACAUACAAUCAUGGCAAGUUAUAUUACCAUAUGUCUACCGUGCAACAGAACACUUUGGAAGCUUUUGUAAAUUUGGGUAAAAGCGUUUUUUGUCAGGAAACAUUCACUCCAUCUCCACAAUAUAUGCAACUGGUCAUUGAUAAUAUUUAUCAAAGAGCGUUUGUUGAAAGAAAUAAUGGAAAUCUCAGGAAUUCCUUAUUAAUUGAGUAUUUAAAACAUAGUGAAGCCAUGCUACUGCCUAGUUUUCUGGAAAGUCCAGAUUUACAAAAUGUCGUAUUGAGUUAUUUCAUCGAGAAAUUCGGUAUAGAUGCGAACGGCUGCAAUAUUUUCAAUUGUGAGGAUAUGUUUAUUCAGAAUCCUGAUUUUUUCAAGUACUUUUUCAGACAUGGUCCAUCUUUUGCACAAUCGCAUAUUUUACAAAUUGUUGGAUUUGGAGAACCAAAAAAUCCCUUUGCAAUAUUAUUUGAAUUACCGAAGUAUCUGAAAGAAAGGAAGGACAAGAAAGAGCGUAAAAAAACUUCCAAUAACGACUCUUCCGUAACCGAAAGCUCAACAGGUAAUAGCCGAAAUGGUAACGAAGAUGACGAUGAAACGAUGAGCUCUACCACAUCUAUGUCUGAUCCUGAUUUACUUGUGGAAUUUUUUAAUGACAUUGAUACUCUAAGGCGCCCGAUAUUGCCUUCAAUGCUAACGAAUGAGGCUUGGUUGGAAACUUUGAAGUUCUUGAAUAUGACAUCGUUAAAAUGCGGUAUGAUAGUACUUCGAAAGUUUUUGCACGGCCCUUUAGGAGUUGCGUUACCUCAUGUUCUACCAUGGAUAUACUUCAUCAUCUCAAUUUGCUUGAAAAGUAAUCAAUUGAAUGAUCCAAUUAGUAAAGAGUUCUGGAUAGUAAUUAUUAAGAGAAUGUUUCCGUGGGAUACGAUGGUCACAUUUAUGAAUGUUUUGAUAGCAUAUUUGUUGGAUAACGAAACAUCGAAUUCUAUUAUUGGGGAUUUAUGCAACGAAUAUAGUAAAUUAAAUCUUUCCGAGCUGUUAAAUUCCUUUAAUGAAAAUGAAGAUUUACCAGAAAUUUGGGGUUGUUGGGGAACAUUAUGGUUUGAUGCAAUUUGCCAAAAGAACACGCAUUCCAUCAGUAGUGAAGACAAUUUUCAAGAGAUUGGCAUAAGGGAUUAUAUGGCAUUGGAUUCACCGACAGAUGGGAUUAUAUUUGAUGAUAAGGAUGAAAAUGGUGAGAAGUUUUGGAAAAGAGCAUGCAGAAUUAUUUUUCUUUUCAGAGAGGUAUCGAGAAGUUUUCCACUGGGUGUAAUAGUCAGACAUGAUCCGUUGGUAAACUGUUCAUCACUUCAAAGUAAUAAUAUAUUAAGGGAUUUAGUUUACAAGCUUGAACCCUUGACCAAUAUACGCAGUAGUGUACCAGUAUUAAGUACCCUGGAAAGCAUUUUUGACAUCUCUGAGGCAAGAAGUGAGAUCAAUACUGAUUUACACGCUGUUCCGGAACUAAGCGUCAUUAACGGUGAUAAUAUCUUCCACUAUGUUGGCUACAAGAAAUUACGUCCUGAUUAUACAUGCUUUGAUAAGAACGGGGAAUUUUUAAGCGCAUCACUAUAUACUUCAUGGUACGUCCCGAACUGUAACAAUAAUUUGGAGACUAAUAUCAGCUAUGCCAAUGAGAGGGAAAAUGAGGCUUUAUUCCUGGAGUGCAUGAAAUCUGUUCAUCCAGAAAUUGCUUAUCCAGAAAUCGAUUUCAAAACUACAUAUUUUGUCUUCGACGCAACUUCAUGGCUAAGGCACUCUGCACGCAUUUUUAAGCUAGCACAGAACAGGCUAUUGAGAUUUGCAAUUUGCUUGACAACAUUCCAAGAGUUAAGAUUUUUACGGAAGUCAAAGGAUGAGAAUGUCAUGGAGGCCGCCACAAGAGGCAUCAUAACCAUAAGACAACUUUACUGUGAAGAUAAAGUUUUACCCCUAAGAUUCACAGGGAAUGUCGCAACACACAUCGAGGAGAACUUAGAGUUUGAAGAACAAAUAACAUGGAGAACACAUGUUGACGAAUUUGUCAUCGAAUCCAUAAUGAAAGCACAGGAGAAAUUAGAAAACGCUAAGCAACCAAACAUAUCUUCUCAUCGCUUUAACUACGUAGUUUUGAUAUCUGAUGAUGAUACGAUGAAGAAGAAAGCAGAAGAAAAAAAAAUAAGGACGCUAAGCACAAGAUUUGUGUUUUCCCUGUGCACAAAACUCGGCGAGCAGCGCCAUUUGUGUACAGACUAA